AUGGCAAUGGAUGAUGAUGGGCCGGUCAGCAGGUUCGCCCCUCACCGCGCAUCCUCCACUACUGGCGGUGCAAACAUUCCUGCAACCAAUUCCUACCAGUACGAGACGUGA